AUGAGAGCUCUCCUCGGUCUGCUGUUCCUGGGUUGGUUAAUGAUAUGGGCUGUCAUGCCCACCAGGAUUUACAGAGACAAAUGGAGCUCCAAGCUCGAAUCUGCAACCAUCUCCACCUUCCUCGGAAUGCAAGGGACUUGGAUUCUGAUCAUUACAUUCCCCAUCCUGUUCAUUGCUGUCGUGGGCUGCCUUUAUCUCCAUUUAAUGGAGAAAAAUCGUUCAAGAGGAGGGUUUAGUGGAGGUGGAGGGUUAAUCCGGCGGCUGAGAGCGUGGCGGAGGCCGGCAAUGGUGAGAGGGCCGCUUGGGGUGAUCACCGGAGUUGAGCUCGUCUUCUGCAUCAUGUUUAUGAUCCUGGUCAUCUGGGCUUUGUACACGUACAUAACAGGCGGUCUUUCAGACGUCAGCUCUAAGCUUGCUGCAGAGUAUGGAGAGAAACUGUGGGAGGCGAAGCUGUAUGAUGUGGGCUUGCAGCUGGGAUUGGCCGGAAAUAUGUGCGCGCUGUUCUUCCCGGUGGCUCGCAGCUCCUCUCUUCUGCCGCUGGUUGGAUUGACUUCGGAGAGCAGUAUCAGGUAUCAUGUAUGGCUGGGCCAUUUAGUCAUGCUGCUCUUCUCUGCACACGGUCUCUGUUAUCUCAUCGUCUGGGUUUUUGAUGGCCGCACCAACGAGUUGCUGAAAUGGGCUCGAAUUGGCGUCUCAAACGUAGCAGGAGAAGCAGCUCUGGUUUGCGGUUUGGCAAUGUGGGCUGUCACCUUCCCCCGCAUUCGGCGCGCCAUCUUCGAACUCUUCUUCUACGCACACUACCUGUACAUCCCCUUCCUGUUCUUCUACCUUCUCCACGUCAGCUUCGCCACCUUCUGCCUCGUCCUUCCCGGCGUCUACCUCUUCAUCAUCGACCGCUUCCUCCGCCUUCUCCAAUCCCGGCGCAGGGUCCGAUUGCUCUCUGCGCGGCUCCUUCAAUCCGAGGCCAUGGAACUCAACUUCGCCAAGGCUCCUGGUUUCAGCUACAAACCCACGAGCGUGGUUUUCAUCAAGGUGCCGAGUAUUUCGUCGCUGCAAUGGCAUCCAUUCACGGUUAGCUCGAGCGCCGGACUGGAGCCGGAGAAUCUGAGUGUUGUUAUAAAGAAGGAUGGGAGGUGGACUCAGAAGCUGUUUGAGUUGCUGUCCCAGCCGUCUCUGCAACGCCUCGAGGUUGCAGUCGAAGGGCCGUAUAGCCCGGGAUCCAUAGAUUUUUUAAGCUAUGAUUCCUUAAUUCUCGUAAGCGGAGGCAGCGGAAUCACCCCCUUCAUCUCCAUAAUCCGGGAACUAGUCCACCACAGCUCCACUCCCUCCAACAAAACCCCCACCGUCCUCCUAAUCUCCACAUUCAAAACCGCCGCUGAUCUAACCGUGCUCCACCUCCUCCUCCCAAUGUCCACCACCACCAACUUCUCCCAGCUCCAGCUCCAAGUCCUGGCCUUUGUCACCCGGGAGCAACAACCUCCCCUGCCCCAUGACCCCGAAGCCAUGAAGCCUGGCAUCCGUUCCAUAUACUUAAACCCCAACCCCUCCGACGGAGCCGUGGCUCCCGUUCUCGGCCCCAAAGGCUGGCUCUGGCUUGCCGCCGUCGUCUCAUCCUCCUUCCUCGCCUUCCUCUUCCUCAUCGGCAUACUCACGCGGUACUACAUAUACCCUAUCGAUCACAACACCUACGAAGUCUAUUCGUAUACGAAGAUGGCAUUGCUGUACUUGCUGAUCAUGUUCUGGUGCAUUGCCGUCAUGGCUGGAUUUGCUGUUCUGUGGAACAAGAAUAUGAAUUGCAAGGAAGCGGAGAAGGAGUUGAUGCCGGUGAGAAUGACUGACGCGCUUGCGCCGGUGAUGAUGACGUCGGCGGUUGGCGGUGAGAUUGAAAGUGAGGCAUUGCUGGGAGCCUUGAAGGUCCAUUAUGGUGAAAGACCCAAUCUUAAAAAGUUGCUAUUGGAGUUUGGUGAAAAAUCAAGUGCUAUUGGGGUGAUGGCGAGCGGUCCAAGUUCAUUGCGUCGCGAGGUGGCAGCUAUUUGCACUGCUGACAAUGCUGAGAAUUUGCACUACAAUUCCUUAAGCUUUACAUGGUGA